UGUUUGAAAUUUCUUAUUUCCAACUGCAAUAAAAGUUGAGACAGCACGUUUGAUGCGCGACAGUCGAUCCAAUACCAUGAAUACUCUUGAAACUAGGGAGGCUUUGACUUCGAUUUUACCAUACUUACCACUAAUUCUCCGUUCCUCGGCACUAUUCUGGCCGCCGCCGAUGGUGGAAGCGCUGAAAUCCCUAGCCAGAGGACCUCUGCACAGCAACGUUAACUCGGGUCAAGUUUUUGCCAUCGCCAUUUCAGACCUUCGUAAUUUACUUAGUUUGCCGGAUUCCGCCCUCCACCCCUCCGCACUUCACGGUUAUGCCCUCUUCUUUGAUGACUUUAUGAGUAGGGACGCGUCUGAGAAGUGGUUUGGCAAUGUGGUUCCACAACUGGCGGAUUUGCUAUUGAGGUUACCAGAAUUGUUGGAGUCACACUAUCAAAAUGCAGCUAGUUUCAAUGGAACAGAAACUGGUCUUCGGUUACUGGAAUCACAACAGCAGGGUAUUGUGUUUCUCAGUCAGGAAUUGAUUGCUGCUCUUCUCGUUUGCUCUUUCUUUUGCUUGUUUCCGGCCACUAAUAGAGGUGCCAAACAUCUCCAAGCAAUCAACUUUGAUAAUCUAUUUGUGUGUUUGUACGAGUCCCAUGACAUUUCACAGGAAAAUAAAAUAAAGUGCAUUGUUCACUAUUUUGAGAAGAUAUGCUCAUGUAUGCCUGUGGGAAAUGUCUCAUUUGAACGGAAAGUUCUUCCUUUGACAAAUAGCCCAUCCCACAUUUCUUCCCCAAAGGCUAAUUUUUGGAGCAAGUCUAGCGUCUCCCUUUGCCAUUUUGAGGUUCAUAGUUCAGGUUUGAUUGAAGAUCAACCUGCUGAAGCUCUUGAAGUAGAUUUUGCAAAUAAAUACAUAGGAGGUGGUGCUCUUUUCCGGGGAUGUGUACAGGAAGAGAUUCGUUUUAUGAUCAAUCCAGAAUUGAUAGUUGGUAUGCUUUUCUUGCCUGCAAUGGCAGACAAUGAGUCUAUUGAAAUUAUUGGUACACAGAGAUUCUGCGAUUACACUGGAUAUGCUUCUUCAUUCUGCUUUUCUGGUGACUACAAGGACGUCAAGGGUGUUGAUUCAAUGGGAAGGCGUAAGACAAGGAUAAUUGCAAUAGACGCACUAUCCCGUGUCGGUAAGAGACAAUACACACCGGAAUGCCUUCUCCGAGAGACUAAUAAGGCAUUUUGUGGCUUUUAUGAUCAAUCCAGAAGACAGCAAUACGAAAAUCUGUUUGUAGACACUGAAUUUUCGGAGGCUGAGUUUGAUGAAGGCAAUAGGAACCCUCUUGAAAGUUCCACGAGAAAUCUCUUGACUUCCUUUCAAUCAGUCAAUGAAACUUCUAGUAACCAACCAAUGAGGGUCAACGAGCAGAAGUGGGAUGACGAUAAAGUCGGGAUCGCUACAGGGAAUUGGGGCUGUGGUGCUUUCGGGGGAGAUCCUGAAGUCAAAGCCAUAAUUCAGUGGCUAGCAGCGUCUCAAGCACUAAGACCUUUCAUCUUAUAUUACACAUUUGGCUUGGAGAGCUCGAGGAAGCUUGACAAGGUAGUACAAUGGAUUAUAUCCCAAAAAUGGAAUGUGGGAGAACUUUGGGAAAUGUUGGUCGAGUAUUCGAGGCAGAAACUGAAGCAACAAACCAAACUUACCUUCUUCGAAUGGCUUCUUCCCUCAUUAUAUGAUGAUGAUCCCAUGAUAAUGGACACGUCAUUUACUUGAUAAAAUUCUCUGCCCAUUUUCACGUCGUUUCUGAGUUUCGGAAGUUUUUAUUGAAUUGAAAAUAUGGAGUGACACAAAAUGUAGAUAAAGAAGGUUUGGUGUUCGUUUAUUGAGACGAUGUUGUGUCUGUGUUUGGAUGUUCUAGUUCAAUAUGUUUGGAGGUGCCUAACAGAAACACAAGAUACAUUUUCAAAGUCGACUGUGUUAGAUUCAUAUGAAGUUAGCACUCAACAAUGUCAGCCCAAUUUACUUUACA